UUGGACCACAUGUAAACAAUGUGUUGAUAACUUGAUAGGGCUAGCAUAUUUCUGUUUCUGCUCUGUUUGUCUAAGAUAUCUGAAAUAGCGCAUCGGUAUGUGGUGGGUGUGGUGGUGGCUGUUGGCAGUGGUAGGGAUCGUGGCAGUGGUUAUAAAGAUUUACAUGGAGAUGAUUAAGGGAAAGUGUACGAGUAAGGCUGACCUCACAGGCAAGACUGCCAUAGUCACUGGAGCUAACUCUGGUAUUGGGUUUGCCACAGCUGAAGACUUUGCUCGCCGAAACUGUCGGGUGAUCAUGGCGUGUAGAAGCCUGGAAAGAGGUGAAAAUGCAUGCACAAAGAUAAUCGAGAAAACAGGAAACAUCAAUGUUGUUGUCCGAAAGCUAGACCUCGGAUAUAUGGCAAGUGUGAGAGAGUUUGUGGAUAAAAUCUUGAAAGAAGAACCUCGUCUUGACAUCCUCAUCAACAAUGCUGCAGCUGCAGGAACAAAACGAAAAAUUACAUCGGAGGCCCUGGAAUACACACUAGCCACCAACCACCUCGGACCAUUCUUAUUGACUAAUCUACUUUUGGAUCUGCUGAAAAAGAGCGGCCCAGGUCGAAUUGUUAUGGUUUCCUCUCUAGUCAAUAUUAUGGGAAAGAUAAACUUCAAUGAUAUGACUUGGAUCAGGAAGUUUGAGACAGGAGAGCCGUAUUUCGAUACAAAAUUCGCAAACAUCUUGUUUACAAAGGAGCUGAGUAGAAGACUUCAAGAUUCAGAGGUUGUCAUUAACUGUCUACAUCCAGGCACUGUACGGACAUCGCUUCUCCGUCAUGUUCCACAACCGUUUAAAAUAUUAAUAGACUUGCUUGGCAUGGUCUAUUUCAAGAGUCAGGAAGAAGGAGCUCAAACGACCAUCCACUGUGCAGUCUGUGAUGCAACUAAGGGCGUUUCUGGUUGUUAUUUCAUCGACUGCAAAGUGCAAGAUCAUUCUUGGUAUAUUAACAAGAAGGCUUAUGAUGAAGGUUUGGCCAAAAAGCUCUGGGAAGUCAGCGAACAAAUGACUGGGCUAACAACAUCAUGAUGUAAACAUAUACUUAUUCCAUAUUGUAGGGUAUAUAUAAAGCUAUAUGUCGGAGCUAGACGAAAAGGGUAGUCUCGAGCUGGACUAGUGGUUCUAAAACCUACUAGCCUGUGAAUUGUUUUACAAAAAAUCUUAUCAUAAGUUUUACUCUUUAGAGGAAUUUUCACAAAAUUUCUUAGGAGAAUCUUAGGUGACAAAUUAAGUGAAACUUAUCGAUAACUUGCAUGGCCCCUCUCUUAAGAGUAAAAAAAAAUUGUAAGUGUAAAUAUUGAUAAAAAUUAAACGGUUGGAUAAAAACAACAAACUGGCUGCUGCGUUUAUUAUAUUAUCGCAAACAAAAAUCUUAAGAAUUGUCUAAGAAAUAUUUUUGCAUUUACGAAUACUUUCGUGAAACUGACUCAAAAUCUUACAACAGUUAGUAAGAAUUUUUGUGAAAAGAUUCAUUGAUGGACUAGUCAGACUCAAUAGACUUUCAUGUGGUCUAUGAAAAUAAUUUUGUGCUAAUAUUGAGUUCCUUCAUUGACAGCAUUGGUAUAUCUCAUCAAUCACGGCAUUCUUAAUACACAAUAUUAUGAAUAGUAAUUAUCAGUACUAGUCAUAUUCUAAAUGGUUUACUUUUUUCACCCUUCAAAUGCACUGUUGCAAAAAAUGGGGUUGUUAUAAUGUCAAUAAGUUCAAAUGGACAGAAUUUACUGUAUACCGGGAAAUUUCUCCCCAGUUCAACUUUCGCCCUUCGCCCUUGAAACCAAUUUUCGCCCAGUGUUAGUUUGGCCCUUCACAUUGAAUUACUACAUGUGUGCUAUGUUGUUUACUUAUAUUUCUGUAGUGAUAGAUUUACCCUCAUUACGAAGGGUGAAAAACUAGGUGAAAGUCAACUGUAUAAAAAAUGUCCCGAUAAACAGUAUUAUUUAUGUCAUUGCUAUAAAAUGGCCUUCAGAUGUCAAUGUGUGAAAAUAUGUAUAACUGUUGAUAAACAGGAAUUCCACAGAAAAUCUGAAGUUACCUCUAAACUAUGGUAAAUGUGUUUCUUUGGAUGAAUUUUCAAGAAAACAUGCAUUGUAUUUCUCAAUAUCUAUUGAUAGGACAGAGGUUAAUCUCGAACGUCUUUUAUGGUCAGUAUAUCAUAUGUUAGAAUUUUUAACAUCUGGCUUUUUUUCAUGUUGAAUACAUAUUAAGUAAGUUUAGUAACAUGUUAAAUCCAUAAAACUGUUUUUAAACUUGGAAGUUGAUUUUGAAUUCCUAACACUUAAUCAGAUCAGAUGUGUUCACUGAUGACAAAAUGAUUAAUGGCAGACUAAACCUGUUUUAAUUUUGUUAUUUUUGGUGUUUUUUCUAUUUUUGUUGUGAUGUUGUGAUGUGUUAUUUGGUGUUGGUCCCUGCUUUGGUCUGUGAUACAUUUUUUCACUGCUUUACCAUGAACAGGCAUUAUAAUUUAUUCAGUUUUAUUUUGUCUUCAAUUUUUACAAGGUACUUACUAUGUUCAUGUAGGGAAUGCAUCCAGGAAUUCCAGUUGAUGCACAUCCUAAUUAAAAU